AUGUGCAGCUGGUGUGUCUACAACUUCACUGUCAUGAUCCCCGUGGCCUCCACGUCGCAGCAGCCAGAGCUGCCAGCGGCUUGCAUUGCGAGACCGAAUGCUUCUCAGCUGAUGAGCCAGCAGGUGAGCGUGGUUUACAUUCUCUUGGGCCAGAGGAAGACUUACUUCAAGAAGUUUCCAGUUCAAGACUUGGAACCCGAAGAUCGACAGCUCUUCGCGGUGGAGAAGGCAUAUCGUCAAGCUUGGGAAGCAGCCGGGGUUGUGAGCGUGAUGUCGGAGGAUGCCACCUUUGUGAUCUCUAAGCAGCAAAAUCCACGGCUGCUUGACCUUUGCACAGAGUAUCCGCGACAUCAGGUGUUCAACCACUUGGGCUUCGUUCAGCCCAUCACGGUCAAGUCACAGCUGGCUGCAGCUGCGAGGCGCUUCGCAGCCGGAGCGAAAUGGCGCGCAAAAGAGAUCUCAAGCUUGAUGCCGGCCAGUUACAUAUUGAGGAACCCUCGUGACUGCCUGGAAUUCCAGGAUCAGGUGAGGUCAGGAAUGUGGAUUCACAAGAAGGACAGGACUCACAACAGUCAAGGCGUUCGAUUGCUCACAUCGCAGGAGGCCCAAGGCUUUGCCCAAAGCUGUGGGAACGAGUCCAGCCGCGGUUUGGUCCAACGCUACUUGCCCAAUCCGUUGCUGAUCCACGGCCGGAAAUGCGACUUCCGGAUCUUUCUCUACAUCCCAAGCUCCGUCCCGCUGGUUGCCUUCUCAUCUCCGGUAUGGUACAUGCGCUGCGGACACGAGAAAUUUAACUUGUCUUCCACAGAUCCUCAGAACGUGGUCACCAAUACCAAGGUGAACGGAAAGCUGCGGAAAGGGGCGAAUUACAGUGAGUUGGUUCUGGGACCAAAGCAAGUCCAAGCCAUACUCUCUGAAACGGGAUUCGACUCCGACUUUGUUGAGGUGAAGCUAGCUGCAAAGAUCAAGCAAAAGCUGACCUUACUUAUGGAGGUGCUCGAAUCGCAAGCAGAUCAUUUGAAGACCACAGGCUACGAGUUGUUAGGCGUUGACAUGAUGUUGACUUCCGACCUGAACCUUUGGCUGAUCGAGGUGAACAGUUCCCCUGGGAUGGAGAGCAGUUUGGGGGCUCGCCAAACAGCCGACACUUGGAACGAAGGGGGGCACUGCGGCACAGGUGAGCUUGGUGAUCUUAGUGAAGAUAGCGGUUUGCAAGUGGUGUGUCAACGCCUACCCCUCUUGGAGCGACAUUCCUCGACACACUUCGUGCAGGCAGUGAAUACGGCCAUUAACAGGGUGGGAUCCAAAUUCGGACUCUGUGAGCUGGUGGACGAGGAUGAUGACCUGGUAACACCACAGACGAGUCGAAAUGCCACGACCUCAUUGGGCUUGAGGAGGCGUGCCACAACGGGUUCGCGGCUCAACCACAUGGACAAACCAAAGAGGCUGUUCCGACGACGGAGUUUGGAUUUGGAUGCCAUGUCGGCAUGGUCUGCCAUCUCCAAUCGGGGUCUUGGAGACAAGCUGCCUCAGGGCCUCAUCGAGGAGAAGCGAGAAGGAAGUUGUCUCAGUUCACCUUCCUCCUCGGCACCGACGAUCCAAGAGUUGGGUUUACCGCUGAUCUUUCGAAGGAACAGCCACUCACUGAUGAAUGUGCAAAAGAUGGCAAUGCCAAGUCAAAGCAGCAAAGAUCUGCAAAGUCUCGGCAGCCAAAUCAUCGCUGAGGAGAAGCUCAAGGAAAGCAGCACCAGAGCCUCGAUCCUGGAUUUUGAGCAUCUGUUCGUGCAGUAUUUUGUGGAGGUUACCCCUUUGCUCCGCCAUCGUUUUUGCGCCUCCUCGGAUGCCUGGCUAGCGCAACCUUCGGCACACGAAGUGGUGCGAGCCUGGAAGGAGGUCUUGGUGGAGGGUUUGAUGUCGCAUCGACAACUGAUCUUGCAGCACUGGCCGGAGUUGCAGCUGUCCAAAGAGGCGCUACACAGCAAACUUCAGAAGGAGUUGGUGGUGCAGGAUGAAUUGGCAGGUCCCAAGCGACGCGUUUUAUUCACCUUGGCGCCUGAGCAGGUUUGUCACAGGCUGAUUUGGGCCUUGGGCGAUAGCAUCCCAGCGGAGCUUGCGCUGGAGGACAUCGGGCGAAGAUUGCAGCAGCGCUUCCCCCAAAGCCGGAUCCGCUGCUGUGAUGGAUUGUUUUGGCCUCAUAGCGUCAUCCGCACCCUCUUUUUCAUUGCAACGGCCUUACUACUCUUCGGCUUACGAGCUGCCGCACUGGCUGCCUGGGCUGUCUACAAGGCAGAUCCUCCAACACCUGGCAAAAGGAAAAAGGUGGACCUUUCUGGACCCACUUGGGAAGAGUAUUUAGAUCAGUUCUCGGCGCGUUUGAUCCUCGCCUCUUCGCUGGCCUUCUUUUGGCUUCUCUAUGGUAUUGCGGCAGCUUUUCCGCUGCGCUCCCUCCAUAGCCCGUUUAAGAGAGAUUUGGGUUGCCUUGCGGCAUAUUCCAGCACGGGCACGUUCUUAUUUAGGCUAGUUGCUCCCAUUGCAGCCUGCGGUGUGCCGGCUGCCAUGGCUGUUCGCUUUGACAGGCUGGGUCUGGGCCUCUUGGUUCCAGCGCAAGAUCGACCAGCAG